AUGGCCUCUAAGUACGAUAAGAACACCACUGGAUCACAACUAGUCAACGACCUUCGCACUAGUAUUACAGGGAAGGUUGUCCUAGUGACAGGUACAUCACCAGGCGGCAUCGGCGCCUUCUAUUGCACCGCAGUUGCAAAUGCCAAGCCUUCUAUACUAAUCCUCGCCGGCCGAGUCUUGAAGACGAUACAAGAGACAGCAGACCAGAUCAAGGCAGAGAAUCCCAAUGUAGCCAUCAAGACGCUCGUUAUUGACCUCGCUUCGCUAGAGAGCGUCCGCAAAGCAGCUGCAGAGGUCAACGGCUGGGUAGACGUCCCAUACAUUGACGUACUCGUCAACAAUGCCGGCAUCAUGGCUGUGCCCUACACGAAGACAGUGGAUGGUUUUGAGAGACAGUUCGCAACUAAUCAUUUGGGCCCAUUCUUGUUUACCAACCUGAUACUGAGCAAGGUGCUUGCAUCUGCCCACAAGCGGGUUGUCAUGGUCAGCAGCGGUGGACACCGAUACAAUAGCGUCCGUUUUGGAGAUUAUGGCUUCGCUGAGGGCAAGAAUUACAAUAAGUGGUGGGCAUAUGGACAAGCAAAGACAGCGGUUUGCCUGACAGCUAUCUACCUGGCAAAGAAGCUGGGCGGACGAGAUCAUAAUGGCGCGUAUCUCUAUGAGGGCCAUGUGGCGAAUCAGUACGAGGACGAAGUCAUGCCGUGGGCGACCAACGAGAUUGAAGCGGAUAAGACCUGGAAGCUGAGCGAGAAGCUCGUGGGUCAGGAGUUUGCGUAUUGA